CGGGUAAUUUAAAAUAAAAAAAAUAAAUGACAGCUUAUUUGCAGUAUUUUCUAAAGUUCAUUGGAAAUAAUAAAACGACCUCAAGUAUUCAUAGUGACAUUUGAGAAUAUUACCUCUUCUGAAUGUGUGUUAUUCAGAAGCAAUCAAAUGCCACAGUUGCUUCAACUAUAACGGACAAGGGUGUAUUUGGAACACGGACUGCUAUGGAGAAUUUUGUUUGUUUGAACAGGUCAUCAGGCCGAAUGGAAUUGUUUCUAUCAGGAAGGCUUGCACAAAUACUGGUCAGUACCAGUUCGACGACGGUACAACGAUGACGAAUUUGAACCAAUGCGUAUCCAGGAUUUCACCAGUCGGGCAGUACUACGUGCUGUUGUGCACUUCCAGUAAUGAUUGCAAUAGUAACUGUGUGACGACAACUCCAACAACACCUCCACCACUUCCUGGAAGCGUAUUGUGCUACAGCUGCGUUUCCUAUGACGGCUUUGAUUGUCACUCGAGUGUCUGCCGAGGAAAAUUCUGUAUUUACGAACGACGGAUUUCUGGUAAUCAACUGAUGUUGAGGAAAGGUUGCACGGACAAGCCUAUGGUGGUACUCGAUGACGGUACAAUUGUUGAGGAAGUUGGAGUGUGCGAAAUCAGGUGGGUUGUUGGCUUUGCAGACGCAACGUGGCUGUCGUGCAGGGAGAGUGGUCAGCCUUCUGUCACCUGUUAUGAAUGCGAAUCUUAUGGUUUUGACUGCUUUACUGGACGAUGUGCUGGACAGUACUGUCUUUACGAGCAUCAGAUUCGACAGCCUGUUGGCACAACGAACGUGAAGAAAUCGUGCACGAACUUGCCGUUCUUCGAGUACCCUGACAGAACUGUUCCCAUUUAUUUCAGAACGAUUCAAGGGGUGGAGUACCAGGUGCUGGCAUGUAAUCUGGGUAACAACUGCAAUGCAGCUUGCCCUAGAGAGGAGGGUACCUGCUACAAUUGUGAAGCAACUAACCAAGACGAUUGUACAACUGGAACUUGUCAAGGAUCGCACUGCACUUUCCGUGAGCAAUUUUAUGACACUCCAUGGUUAGUAAUGUCUUGCGUUACGCUAAUGGUUCUUGCUUCGACCCGCGACCCUGGCAAAACAAAUCUCGCUGGUUUCAAACUUAUUUGGAGGGUAGAAGCACACGAUUGA